AUGAUGAUGCGACCCGUUGUGUGUUUGCUGGUUUUUCUGCUGAGUGUUGCCUCUUUUUAUGUGAAAGCUGACUCGGAUACUGUUAAAGCACCCGGUGCUGAUACUGAUUCUGAUUGCUCUACUGGAUUUUCUAAAACUACUGGACGACCUUGUACUACUCCUGGAAGUCAAGUUAGUGAUCGCAUCUUCAUAUCUCUCCAUAAUGAAGAAUCUCACUACCCUGUGUCACGCUCUACUGGAAGAUCUAACACUGGUACCACAAGCAGUUCUUCUGGCACACUAAAUUUGGGUGAUCAUCAAGCACCAGGUGCGGUAACACCGGAUCUGGGUCGUACAGGAGAUACACUCCCUAGAGACUCAGAAAUAUCUGCACAAGUAGAACACUCUGCGCUGAAGAAUAUGGAUCAAGAAAAGCCAACACGUGCCGAUUCUCAGUCCACAGAAGAUGGAAAUAAUCGUGACACUACGUCUGAUACUUCAACAACUCAAGUGAACAGGAGUAACACCGCAGACGGAGCCACUCUAACUGCGGAAGAACAAAGCCAACCUCAACAGUCUAAUGCAGCUGCACAACAUAACCAACAAUUGUCAGACAAAACAGGAGAUAAAACAACAUCGAGCGAUUAUAAUACUACCGAGCAGUCUUCUGCAGCCGCUGGAACGACUGGCACAGAAAGUUCACAGGUAAAUGGCAAUGCUGAUAUAACGACCACCACCACUAAUACUACCACAGAUGCACCAACCACCACUCCAUCUUCUGUUCCUGUACCUAACGCAGAGAUCAGCAGCAUUGACCCCAUUGUACAGAAGAACAAGGCUAAUGCUGACAGCAGUUUCAGUCCUGUGUGGAUGCGCACUGCAGCCCCGAUACUGAUUGUGGCUGUGUUGUUUUCCGCUACCGUGUACUGA